AUGGCGCGACUAAGUGAUACGGCACGAGUUGCAGUCGCAAUCAUCGUCACCCUCCUCGGCGUGUGCCGCGCAGCAACGACAUUCAACUUCUGCGACGAAGCCAGCGCCAAAGAAUACGCCUACAACCCUCCUCCCGAGCGUCUCAUCGCUCCACGCAGGAACUGCAAUCGCGGCAAGCACAGCAGCCCUCAAAGAUGCAUCUACCGACCGCCCGGCUCGCGGCUGGCCUCCAUCCACGUCGGCAGCACCGGCAAACUAGCCGUCUUCAUGCCGAACAAGAUGGACGCCGCCACCGUCGAGCACGCCGUCAUCAUCGUCGCCGGGAAGCUGAGCAACGCAGGCCAGUACUGGCACAGGCUGCAGAACGUCACGGCCCUCCACGCAGCACGCCCCGACAAGACGCACCGCAAGACCAUCAGCGUGGCGCCGCUGCUCUUCUCCGACCGAUACACGCCCGGGCUACACGGCGACCGGCACCUCUCGUGGUCCGGCCCCCGGGCCUGGAUCGCCGGCGGCGCGGCCAACUCCCCCCCCGGUAGCAACGCGACGUCCAUCGACGCCCUCGAGGCGCUCGCCGACGAGUUCGCCUGCUCAGGCAAGUACCCCCUGCUGACCAACGUCACCUUUGUCGGGCAGAGCGCGGGCGGACAGCUGGUGCAGCGGUACGCGGCCCUCGCCAGGGACCGUCCCUCGUGCCGCGCGCAUGUGCGCUACGUCCAGAACAAUCCCGCCACAUGCUCGUACUUUACCGCCGACCGUCCCUCCUCGGUCCAGGGCAAGGCCCUGCCUCCCGCGAGGUCCUGCGCCGAGAGCAACCUCUGGCCCUUUGGCUUCGACGACUUCCCCGGCACGGCGGCGGGAACCCUGGCCCCCGUGGACUACUUCCGGCAGUACACCUCCCGCGACGUCGUCGCGACGGUGGGAUACAGGGACACAAACCCCUGCAGCGGCGACCAGGCCUGCCAGGCUGUCCUGCAGGGCGGCCACAAGCGGAGGGACAGGAACCUCAUCUGGUAUAGGUAUGUCCACGAGCUGGCCCGGACGGGGGAGGACUUGACGGGGUUCCCGGGCACCUUCGGCGACCUCCCGGACUGGGGGCCGGCCUCCGAGAACCGCGUGGGCUUGCGACUGGCUCUUGCCAAGGACGCGGGGCAUGAGUUUGCGCAGAUAUUUUCCACGCCCGUCGGUCAGUCGGCGCUUUUUGACGACUUGGAUGUCCUGGAGGGGUGGCGGCCGGGGAAGUAG